UAAAAAAAAACAAUAAUAAAAAAAAAAAGUUGACAGAUUCAUAAACAUCAGUUUUCUGCCAAGUUCUGGAAGCAAAGACAGUUUCUUAUGCCCAUUUUCCCUCAAAAACCACUGCAGUCGACACUAAUGGACACUUCAUUUGUCUCCAAGCUUGGCUUGCAGAGCAGAAAAGAGCAAGUGUUUACAGUAAGACUAACGCAGCAGAUGGAGUUCUGUGGAGCUGGGAAUGAAAGUCUAUAGGUUGGAUAGUAAAGAGAAUCCCUAAAAUGUUGUUGCCCACUUAAAACUAUAACCUUAUGAACACCUGAUUCCUGGCACUGAAUUGUAUUGUACUAUGCCGUACUUUUUACAACCAAGUAUCCAUUUGUUACAGAUAGUAAUCACAUUUUAUACAGCUUUCUUUUUUAAAUAUGAAAUAUUUUUCAAAGGCGCAUCUCUUUAAUGGAAAACACAGCAUUUAAGUAAUUAACAUAGCUUGGAGAGAGUUAAUUUGUCUCACUAGACACGGUGCAACUAAAAAAAGUUAUGUUGAUUGACAGAUUAGGAUGAACCUGGGCCGUGGGUCAGCACUCGACAGGGCCCCAUGCACAAGACAUGCAGCUCAAGAUCUUUUUGAGUUAUUAGCGUCAGUCUGCAGUCAUGAGGCUUAAAACAUAGCAGAUCUCCUAUGGAAUACUCAGGGAGCUAGAACUUCUGAGAUUUUAGGAUUCUGUUUUGAACUGCGUGGGGUCUUUGCUGAAGGACUGCACACUGAAUUGCUACACUGGGACCAUGGACUACCUCAUUGGGAUUGUAUUGCUACUCUCCGGGGUAUCUCUGCCAGCAAGUGUGCACUCUCAACAGGGAAGGAGCAAUGUGCCUCGUCUCAAACUGUCUUAUAAAGAAAUGUUGGACUCAAACAAUCUCAUUACUUUUAAUGGUUUGGCCAAUAGUUCCAGUUAUCACACUUUCCUGCUGGAUGAAGAGAAAGGAAGGCUAUUAGUGGGCGCCAAGGACCAUAUUUUUUCAUUUAAUCUUAUCAACAUUAACAAGGAUUACCAAAAGAUUGUAUGGCCUGCAUCUCCAACAAGAAGGGAUGAAUGUAAAUGGGCAGGAAAGGAUAUUUUGAAAGAAUGUUCUAAUUUCAUCAAAGUGCUGCAAACCUAUAACCAAACACACCUGUAUGUUUGUGGAACUGGGGCCUUUCAUCCCAUAUGUGCCUAUCUUGACAUUGGAAAACAUCUCGAGGACAAUGUCUUCAGAUUAGAGACCUCCCAUUUUGAGAACGGCCGUGGAAAGAGUCCAUAUGACCCAAAGCUGCAGAGUGCCUCUUUAUUAAUUGAUGGGGAACUGUACUCUGGAACAGCAGCAGAUUUCAUGGGAAGAGAUUUCGCUAUUUUCCGUACCCUGGGACAGCACCAUCCAAUCAGGACAGAGCAGCAUGAUUCAAGGUGGCUAAAUGAUCCUAGAUUUGUAAGUACCCACCUAAUCCCUGAGAGCGAUAACCCUGAAGAUGAUAAAAUCUAUUUAUUUUUUCGUGAAAAUGCAAUGGAUGGAGAGCACUCUGGGAAGGCAACCCAUGCCAGGAUAGGGCAGCUAUGUAAGAACGACUUUGGAGGCCACCGAAGCCUUGUUAACAAAUGGACAACCUUUCUCAAAGCAAGGUUAAUCUGCUCUGUGCCUGGCUCUAAUGGCAUUGACACCCACUUUGAUGAACUCCAGGAUGUCUUCCUAAUGAGUUCCAAGGAUCCUAAGAAUCCAGUAAUCUAUGCUGUGUUUACAACAUCCAGCAAUAUCUUCAAGGGGUCAGCAGUAUGCAUGUACAGCAUGUCUGAUGUGAGGAGAGUCUUCUUGGGCCCCUAUGCCCACAGAGACGGCCCCAAUUACCAGUGGGUACCAUUCCAGGGGAGGGUACCUUACCCACGACCUGGAACUUGCCCAAGCAAAACCUUUGGAGGGUUUGAUUCUACAAAAGACCUGCCUGAUGAUGUCAUCACUUUUGCAAGAAGCCACCCUGCCAUGUACAAUCCUGUCCAUCCAAUAAGCCACCGACCAAUCAUCAUCAAGACUGAUGUAGACUACCAGUUCACACAGAUAGUUGUGGAUCGUGUGGAUGCAGAAGAUGGACAAUAUGAUGUCCUGUUCAUUGGAACAGAUGUUGGCACUGUUCUAAAGGUUGUAUCGAUUCCCAAGGAGACCUGGCAUGACCUAGAGGAAGUCCUCCUAGAAGAAAUGACUGUGUUCAGGGAGCCUAUUGCCAUUACAGCCAUGGAUAUUUCUACAAAACAGCAACAGCUAUACCUUGGCUCAGCAAUUGGAGUUUCACAGAUGCCCUUGCACCGGUGUGAUGUCUACGGAAAGGCCUGUGCCGAGUGCUGCUUAGCUCGGGACCCCUACUGUGCCUGGGAUGGAACUGAAUGCUCCCGCUACUUCCCCACAUCAAAGAGACGUACAAGAAGACAGGAUAUAAGAAAUGGGGACCCUGUCACUCAGUGUUCUGACCUUCAAAAUCAUGAUGAAUUAAAUGGCAAAGGGAAUUUGGAAGAAAGGAUUAUUUAUGGGGUGGAGAACAGUAGCACUUUCCUGGAGUGUAGCCCAAAGUCCCAGCGUGCCCUUGUCUAUUGGCAAUUCCACAAACAGAAUGAAGACCGGAAGGAUGAGAUAAAAGCAGAUGACAGAUUCAUCAGAACAGAGCAAGGUCUACUCAUACGCAGCCUUCAGAGGCAAUAUUCAGGAAUCUACUACUGUCAGACUGUUGAACAUGGAUACAUGCAGACCUUGAUCAAGGUCACCCUGGAGGUCAUAGACACAGAACACCUAGAGGAACUUCUGCACAAGGAUGAGGAUGGUGAGGCAGCAAAACCAAAGGAAGGCCAUGUCAUUAUCCCUCCCAAUCAGAAAGUCUGGUAUAGGGACUUCAUGUCCCUCAUCAACCACCCAAACCUCAACACCAUGGAUGAAUUUUGUGAGCAGGUCUGGAAAAGGGACCGCAAGCAACGCAAACAAAGGCCAUCCAAUGCCCAAGUUAAUGCUAACAAAUGGAAACACAUUCAGGAAAACAAGAAAGGCAGAAACAGGAGGACCCAUGAACUUGAGAGGUCACCAAGAAGUGUCUGACACUGGGGUGGCAUUUCACAGACUUAAUCCAAGUAGACUCUUAUAGGCACUCAACUGGAAACAAAUGCAAUAUACUCCUGAUUUAGUUCAUUGGAUUGGUAAAGACGUGCACAAUGGUUUAAUGGUAAUGACUGAGUGAACCACCAUGUGUUAGUACCUUUGAAUGGUCUCCAUUAUGGAAGAAUGGAAACUGACGGUUGGACUGGACUUCCUGUAAAUAUUCUACAGCAAAAAUGAUAUUUGACAUUGCUCUUGGUUUUUAGUCUAGUUUUCUUUUUUGUUUCAUAGUUCAACUGUUACAAUUGAUUGCCAUUUCCCCCUAAACAUGAACACUUAAAACCAAUACAAUUUUAAAUCUAAAGAUGUUAAUACUGAAAUGCAACAGGACGUUCAUCAGACAGUAACAUAAUAUAUUAUGUAUUGUACUUAUCAUACAUUAAUGUGGCUCAUUUGAAAUAAUUACAUGAUGCUCUUUGGGAGUACUGAAAAUAACUGUGGCAAUUCAUGGUCUUCAAGGACUGGGCAAACAAGACGAUAAUGAUUUUAAACUGUUCUUCAUUGGAUCAAAAUGAAUGCAUUUUGUUAAGAUAUAAUUUAAUCUAACAGUGGCAGUUACCAAUAAAAGACAGUUGAACAGCUUUUUGCUAACUAUAGAACUCAGACUUUUGUUAACACUGUACAAUUAAAUAACCUAACCAUCAACGUUGACAAUAUACUCUCUCUGUUUGCCAUUCUGUUGUUUUUAAUGCAAUAGUUUAUAGAUGUUACCCUAUCUCCUAAUAUGUGAUAAGUUUCAUUAACAAAUUAUUUCUGAAUAAGCUCUUCCAACACUGACAAAUAUGUAAACUCCAUGUGAAAGGUAUGUUUUAUUUUUAGUUAAUAGAGUUCUAUCAAAAAGUGUCUAAAAUAAUGUAUGUUAAAUAUGUAUAUCAUCCUGCCUUCUUACAAAAACUACUCCAACCCAAAGUUGUUGUUUUUUUUUUAAAUCAUCAUGCAAGUGUAUUUCAUUUUUGUUCAAUUGUACUCAUUAGAAGAUACAUUUCUAAAUUAUUUCAGACAUAUUUUCCCAACUAUUCUGAACUUUUUAUACAGUUAAAAAUAUUUAUUGACAAUAGCUAAAUAUUGAAAAGGUCUAGGCUAUGUGAUACAACACAAAAAAAUAUAAAUAACGUAUUUUUAAAAUAAUUACAUUUAAUGGUGAAAGUGAUUAUAUUACACUUCCAAAACCAGACUGCCAUGCAUGGUUGGUUUCACAGACCUGGAUUAGCGCUAAUCUUGGACUACCUAAUGUUAUUUUAGGUAAGGUAGUCCAAGACUAGUGCUAAUCUGUGAAACUAUCUGAUAAAGUAUAUAAUUGCAAUCCAUUUCUUUUUUCAUGUGUGGCAGUAUGGCCUGGGGUGCUAUGUAUCAAGCCAAAAAAUGUAUUCCUUAAUUUAUUAUUCCUAAAAUAUAAUAUUGGUCAGGUGAUAAAUUUUUUACAGUGUGCAUUUAGUCACAGAAAUCCUGGAAAAUGUUAUAAACUAGCCUAAUAAAUAACAAUUAAUCACAGAUCUGAACCAACAAAUAAUAUAUUUUUUUUAUACAAAUGACAAAAAGAAAAUAGCUUGCAUUCUCUGUGAGGCAAAUACCAAUCAAGUUGACUUUUACUUCCGAUUUAUCUGUGAGAGCACAGAGUUGGAAAAGUUAAACUGCCCUGUGACUUAAACGUACACAUUUUGGGAGUGUAUAUCCCCAAUGUAACACCUCCUCAUUACAGCUAGGGUAUGUAUAUGCUCUUAUUGAGGAAAAAGAAAGAUGAAAUGUUAUCAUAGUGGUUAUACCUUCCAGUAGAAAUAUAAAUGUCUGUGGUUAUACACCAUUAGAUGUAAUAAGGUCCAAAAUGUAUCACUGUUGCAAAAAUAAAAUAAACAUUACUGUAGAUAAGUGGGUAGACACCACACGAGUGUUUUUGAGGCCAUUCAUCUCCAAGAAGAAAAAUAUUAAGCUGACUCCUACUGAGAUUGUUUAACUACACUGUCUGUCUGUGCACGUGGGGUGGGAAACUGUGAAGCUGAUUAUAUGUCAGCACAAAGGUGGGGUCAGAGUGAGCGAUACAUCUGCUAAAUACCAGCCAUCUGAGCUGUCAGUUAAUUAAGUCUAAACCCAAAGUCUGCAGUCAUCACUAAAGCCGGUAAACAGAACCAAGAAAAAACAGAUUAAAAAAUAAGAUUUGCCUUUUUUCUGUGAAACCACGCAGAGAUCUUCUUAAAAGAUGUUCCACUGAUAAAAGCCAUUUUAUUACCAUUUCACACACUUUUACCAUUUUUAGAACUGUCGACUGAUGAUUGAACAACUAUAAAACAGUAAAGCUAUGGUAAAUAAUUUAAAAAGAUAUCACUAAAGAUAAUUGUAAACACAUCGAGUUUUAGGAUGCUUCUUCUAGGUUAGCAUGGACCACUGAAUGUUGAAUUAUUUAAAAUACAAAUAUUUGCUUGACGGUUAUUGUUUGAAAGAUGAUACAUGCCCUAAAUACAAUAUCUGUCAAUUCACAGGAAAAUAAAAGAAACCAUUUCUUUCAUGGUCCACAAAAUGUCACUGUGUAAAAAUUGCAUGUGAAUGCUCUUUUUAAUGCAUCUAAUAAUUUUUAUAUAUAAUUUAGUGACUAUUAAUGUUAUGUGUGUAAUAGAUCUACCUUUUGCAACAUGCAGUACACAUUAACCUGUUUAAAAGGUGUAUAUAUUUUUCCUUAGAAAAUCGAGGUACAGUGUAAAGUACUGGCAUCUAUUAGGUACUCUAUUCCAAGGUGUUCUAUAUCAGUUUUUGAGAAACUAGUAUACAACUGUUUCCCCACAUUAAAACAUGAGGGAUUGAUUUCAUAUUUAAAUGCAACAGAGUAAAGUAUCCAUCAGAUUGCAUGUAUGUUUACUGCAGAGCAAUUAAUUUACAUGAUCGUAUUGCUCUUUGCAUUUCAGACGGUCUCUAUGAAACUGGAGAAAAUAUAAUGAAACUGCUGCUGUAAAUUAUUUCUUUUUUGGCAUGUAUUCAGUUGUUGAAUAAAUAUUUCUUCUAAAACUU